CUGAUUUACUGCUGCAAUGUGCAUGAAGAGGACAUUUUGGCUACUGAAAAUUGUGCUGGUUUAUCGAGGGUGCUGGAUUAUAAAGUGCCGGAUUAGAGAGGGACGACUGUAUUGGGACUCAGGCAGGUCUUUGCUGUGAUCAAGAGUUUAUUCUUGCUGUGAUGUGUUCCUCUAUAAUAGUGAUGAAAAUAAUUCCUGAUAAGGGCAGCCCCACUGUACUGUACGUACAUGUUCGGCAUGGCAUCCAACUCCAUAUCAGGCCUAGUAUCCCCGCGCCAUGGCAUAGCCUAGCGCCUGUGCACCAUGCCCAUGGUGCACAUGCACUGAGAGUGAGAGACGACAACUAUUUUCGCCUUUUUCUGCUUUUCCGACGGAGAAAUUUCAGAAAAGCGCGUAAUUUCGAAAACUCUAUGAUGUAUGAUCAAGAGUUCAUUAUGCCGUCUUGGUAUGAUCCUGAUGCUUGCGCGUGCGGCGCAGGGGAUCGAAGGAAAAGAAAAUCUGACAAGGAAAGCUUUGCUUUGGAGAAACAACAGCAGGAAAUAGGACAUGACCUUGACAGCUGACAGGCUGGUUUUGUCGUACCAUUCGGAGUGACUUUCAAAUGUCGUACAAUAACAUGUUGUGAGGGUCAUCAAUCCAGUGCUUUUUUUGUCGUUGCAGCUUUGUGGCUCUGCAUCAGUUUGUAGUCCUUUCACCACUGUUCACGAUUUUUCACGCUAUGUGUUGUUUCGAAUAGUCCAUCACUGCUAGGUUUGGAUGGUGUAUGGUUGUUGGAAUGUGAUGAGGCUCAACUGCGGCCAAUGAUGUACACGGGCAAGGCUGAGAAUUAUGAACCGUAGCACCAGCGUCUCGUCAAAGAACUUCAACGCCACAAUCUCCUCGGAUGCGAAGAGUGUCGAUGCUGUCUCAACUCGUGGCACAGUUACUGGAGAAGCUAGGUCUGAAACUUGGAGGAGGAGGCAGAGUUCGAUAACGUUCAGCAGGCUAGCAUCCAGUUUAAAUGCAGAUGUGUUUGACCCAAGAUUGGGCCGUGUCUCUCCGAUCAAACCGUCAGUGUCAACAUUCGAUGUCAUUGGCGAUGGUGCAUCCCGUUCCAGUCAGGCUGGUAGUGUAGGUGCUGAUAACACCUUUGAUUCGUAUGGAAGUGAAAUUGACCGUACAGGUCUUCAAAAGUGGCUGAGAGUCCCAAAUUUCUUUGAUGGUGUAAACGAGCGAAUCUGGUGGAAACUUGUCUUUCACAAUGAAGAGCUGGAAUGUCAAUACCAGAGCAGUCAAGAAGCCUCGGCGAAGACAUUGUUUCGAAUGGCCUGUGCGUACUUGGCCCUGGCCUGCUUGACACAUGCUCUGUUCCUGGGCAUCUCUUCUCACGACAUCUCGACAAUCGCUGGGCCGCUGUGCUAUGCUGUGCUGGUCCUGCUUUUCAUGGCCGUCAGCUACACAUCUCGCUUUCAGGGCACGUUUGAGAAGUACCUGUGCCGCGUGCUGGCAAUGAGCCUGACGCUUGCCGCGCUGCUGACACUGGUGUAUCCGGACGACGUGUUUUCCGACGUUGCCCGGUUUAGCAUCGGCACCAUAGUGCUGACUGUGCUCUACCUGUUCCUGCCGCUCGACUUGCACGUAGCGGCAAGUCUCGGCGCUGUCUUCUCACUAGUGUUUGAGAUCAUACAGGAGUAUUUCAUCGACGAUCAUGUCUCUUCCAAGAUUCUGUUCAUGAAACUGAUUCUUCACCUCUGCUUGCACUGUAUGUUGGCCAGUAUUAACCUGAUGUCAGAAGUCUUCCGCAGGAACACAUUCUGGCGGAUUGGACGGUCACUGCUGUACCAGGAUCAGCUGGAUUUGGAGCUUGCGCUGAAAGAGAAAAUGAUCCACUCAGUCAUGCCCGAGAUCAUCGCCAGUGAGCUGUUGGAGAUCGAUGACAAUGCGUACCAGAACAUUUUUAAGCAUGACUCAUCUCGGUUCCGUCCUCUGAUGCUGCACCGCAUGGACAACGUGACAAUUCUAUUCGCUGACAUCGUUGGCUUCACCAAGAUGUCGUCUUCGAAGUCUGCCUCCGCGCUGGUGACACUGCUGAACAACUUGUUCCACCGCUUUGACAAGCUGGCCGAGCAGCACGGUUGCGAGAAGAUCAGCACAUUGGGUGACUGCUACUACUGUGUUGCUGGCUGCCCGAUACCGUGCUUGGACCAUGCUGACCGGUGUGUACAGAUGGGACUGUCGAUGUGCCGGGCUAUUGUGCAGUUCUGCCGUGACACCGGCGAGGACGUCAACAUGCGCGUGGGCAUUCACACAGGCACGGUGCUGUGCGGCAUUGUCGGCGUGCACCGCUUCAAGUUUGACGUCUUCUCCAACGAUGUACAGCUGGCCAAUCAGAUGGAGUCGGGUGGUGUACCUGGUAUGGUGCACAUCUCUCAGAGCACACUAGAUGCCCUCGUUGAUCCAGCUGCAUACCACAUACAGCCUGGUGACGGUGCGGCACGCAAUGAACAACUCAGCGAGAUCACAACACAUCUAGUCACGUAUCCCGAAAAGCCCGAUCUGCCCAAACGCUGCAUCUCAGAGCCAGCCCUCGAGGGAUCGCCAACAGGAACGCGAAAAAAGCCUUCCAGAGUUCCCACGUCCUUUCGCCAUCAGCCGCCCCAGCUCAAAGCGAACACUGAGAAAAGCAGAAGAUGGAUCGAAUCUCCCGCAACCUUGUCUCCAAGCCGGGGUGAGGCUGCACGCACUGUCAACUCAAGGUCGCUAUUACGUGUACCAUCAAUUGAUGGCGUAGAUGAGCCAGCAACUGUUGUAUUAGAUUCUGAAGAAGAGGCGCUGGGCAUAGGCGGUAUGCUGAAGGAGCGUGAUGCUCACGAGGCACCUCGUGUGAAAGUUCGUCUUUCCGAGUUGGCUGUAUCGGAUCUCCUCCGCAUUACAGUCGCUCCACUGAGCACUGAGAAGAGCCGACAAGAAGAAGCUCGAAAGGCUCGGUUGGAGGAGGAGCAAAUGGUCAUCAAAGUGCUUAACAACACCUGGGACCGGUUGAUUGAGCUGAAGAACAUCUCUGGCAAGGAUUUGUCUAUGAUGUCAUUAGUGUUUAUAGACCAAGAUUUGGAAGCAUUGCAUCGCUUGCAGUUCAACACGCCGAGUGGAGUCACUUCCCAUACGACAUUUGAUAGUCCCAUAUUCUCCUACUUCCUACAAGUCGUACUUACGUUUGUCAUGUUUGUGCUGCUCUCCAUCAUCUUCUUCACCAAGUUCAUGUCCACGCUCAGCACCACCUGGAUCGUCACGUUCGGAUGUUUUCUCGUCUUUCACAUCGUCAUCGUCGUGUCGGUGGGGAGCGUGUGCUAUGUGCGUCAUCCUCGCCUUGCGCACGUGUUGCGACCGGUCAUGUGUAACUGGUGGAUAGUGCACGGUAUUGUGCUACUGCUGCUCUUCAUACCCAUGGUGCUGGUGGCAAUCAACUGGCCGUGCACCGUGACGUCCUUCAACAGCCAGGACGGCGUGCACUUCAACAUCUUCGUGCUGCAGGUGUCGCUCACCAUGUGCCUGCUCUUCACGCAGCUGCAUCGCAUCAUCAAGCUGCUCGUCGGCACAUGCGUGUGCGCGCUGCUCGUGUCUCUGGUGCGUGUGCCGUGUAGCAGCUGGCACUGCGGCGACCCUCUUGUCAUGCUGGACAGGGCCAACGCCACGGAGCUCUGCGCUAGCGUCAUCACCAACAACAUUCACAACGAAGCUUUCCUCAUCUUCUCUGUCUACCUGGUUCUCAUCGUUGUUCUCAAUCGCCAGUACGAAGCUGCGUCGCGUCUCAACUUCAAGAGUCAGCUUCUAGCGCAGGUCUCCUUCGAGGAGAUUCAACAGCUGAAGGAGCAAGCAGACAGCCUGCUGAACAACUUGCUGCCCGACCAUGUCUGCCAACAUCUAAAGGUCUCGUCGACGUACUCUGAGAAUCAUGAAAUGGUGGGUGUGAUCUUUGCUACGAUUGUCAACUUCAGCGAUUUCUAUUCUGAAAACUUUGAAGGUGGCAUUGGCUGCAUCCGCGUCCUGAACGAGCUGAUCAGCGACUUUGAUGACCUGCUCUGUAAGCCGGAGUUUACAUCCGUAGAGAAGAUUAAGACUAUCGGUGCUACAUACAUGGUCGCUUCUGGCUUGAACACAGCCCAGAGGAAUGGUUUUUAUCACGUGGACCGCAACUACCACCUGAAGGCGCUACUGGAGUUUGCUGUCAGCAUGCAGGAGACGGUGCGUAACUUCAACGACAACAUGGUUGGUUAUGAGUUUGUACUGCGUGUUGGAUUCAACUGUGGACCGGUGACAGCUGGAGUGGUUGGCUCAACCAAGCUGCUCUACGACAUCUGGGGCAACACGGUUAAUGUCGCGUCGCGCAUGGACUCCACUGGUGUAGCAGGUCGUAUACAGGUACCAGAUGAAUGCCUGGAUUGCCUGAUGGGUGCGGCGAAGUUCACACAGCGACCUGAUACGGUGUUUGUCAAAGGCAAGGGAGACAUGGUCACCCACCUACUGGAUAGCGUUGUGUGGCCGCAUCACUAUCGCGCACAGAAACUGUCUUCGUCAGGUCACACAACGAGCAAUCCUGCUGUUGUCGUCAGUGGUGCACCUAAGGGUGCUGGUGAUGAGAAGUGGCGCAAGCGAAUGCUGUUCCACCGAGAUAGUAUAUCUGGCCCCGACGAUCAUUUCUCCAUGGCAUCAUCACUCAACGGAUAUCAAUCAGCAACAACUCGCUGCUCUCUGGUGUCUGAUACCGAGUGUCGUAUCCAAAAGUCCACUUCUGUGCACGGCGUUACGUCUGUGUCAGCACCUUCACUAAAUGUCCCUGGAGACCAGUCACAGCCAGCACCUCUUAUCCAUCCGUUACACGGCUCGCUGGGCAGGCUACUUAGUCCCGGUGAUGAGCUGGCACCUGGGCGCCUGCUACAGGACGACCCAGUUCACGACUCUUUAAUCAAGACGUUCUCGCUUCCCACCAAUGCUGCUCAACGCAUCUCCCUUCGCCUUAGUACGCCCAGCUGAUUUCGCUCGCAUUCAGAUUUUAGCUCGUGUUCGUCAAUGUCUCCAGCAAUACGCUGUAAUGCUUAGCUGUGCUUGUUUUUUUAAUGACUCUAGCCUACUAGUGGUGGCAACUUACUCGUGUUGUGUUUUUAUUUAUUUUAUGCCAUGGUGGUCUCAUGUCCUCUAUGCCUGUCAGGGUGUCUACUCUCUGCCUGCUUCUUAGUUUUGAGCUCUUUAUUAAAAACGUUUUGCUUGUCACCUUUAGUCUCCUGUGAUCAUGUCAAUUAGCCAAAAGGUUGGAAACAUUUGUUUUGCUUCAUUCACUCGCUUGCUCACAAGGAGCCUGACAGGGGUGGUUUUUAUUUCAGUGCACUUUUUAACAGUUUGCCUUUUUAACACUUUUUUGAAUGGUUUGCCUGCAAACGAUGUGUACUGCUUGAUGUAGUGACCACAUGUGUUUGCUUGUGCUUCGACUGACUAGUUAUUGGUGGGUUUUUUGUUUUGUUUCUAAAGAAAAGUACCCAUUUUUCACCUCUUGUACCCAACUUGACUCGUUGCGCUAUGUUGAUGAUCAUGACAGGGCCACGACAAAUGCUGCUCGGCCUCCUAACGUUUUGCUGUCCUCUAGUUUCUUUCUCUCGUCUGUUGAAAAGCAUGCUACAUGAUGAGCUGAUUAGGCAUACGGUAUAAUAUUAUUGAUGUUCUCAAAGUUUCCACAGCGCAACAUUUAGCAUUUUUCAUUCCUUUUCAUCUGGCUUCGCUGGUACCUUCAAAAUAUUCCGCUUAUGAAAUUAUCUAUUUCCCAUGUAUUUCCCAUGUUGCAAACUUCCACAUAGAUUCCAAAGCAUGA